CCAUGGCAGCCAUGGCAUCCAUACGUCGCAGUCGCCUUCAUUUCUUGGUCCCUCUGCUCCUAGGACUCUUUGCCACCGAGCAGCUUUUUGUGGUUCCUCGCCGCGCUGCCCUGUCUCUGCUGGGGACGCUGCAGGUCACGAUGCCGGCGAUGGCAGAUGAGAUUGACGAUGAAGUGGCCGAAUACAUCAAACAGAUGAGGUCUUUGAUCCUAGUGCAGCCUGGAGAAAGAGCGAAACCAUGGCGAAAGGACUACAAGGAGCCUGGACCCACGGACUACAACUACAAUCUUCAAUUUCAGAGGGAGCAGAGUGAAUUUGUCCGAUUGAAGUACGAAAAGAUGAAAGAGAGAGUUGUCAAUGCUCGCAACGAGAACGAGAGGGCCAAGGCGUUGCGUGUGAUGAAGGCUGAAGCCCUGAAAGAGGCAGUGAGUAUCACUGAGGCAGAUUUGUUGAAGUAAAGGCCCCCAGAGAGGGCCUCUCAGGCACAUUCCCUAUAUUUAUACCGGACUCGUGUUGCUUGUGGCAAAUUGAUGAUCCUGCAUGGUUUGUGCGCUUUCAAAGACAAGCAAUACAUGAAAUUGAAGAGAUCACAAGGUGUACUGAAGAGUACGUAUGGAGUAGAGAAACAGAGUAACAACAUAGGACGCUGGUAGGUCCCAUUGUUUGGGUCGAAGAGUUUGUACAGAUGAAAGUGGCCUUUGAGUAGGCUCAAAUGAGACAUGAAACGGUGCUCAGCCUGUUUUUGGUUUGAGGCCAUUUCACAGCUCUCCAGAUUGUAAAUAGGUGGACCUUAGAUGACCUUAGUACCGAGGUGCUGGGAUGAAAUCCAGGCUCUAUUGGCUUCGUAAGAAGUCAUGAUUGCCUGCACAGGCUUCCCCAAGCACAAACAUCUUUAGGAAUUUUAGGAUCCUUUAAAUUCAACGACUUUUGUUUUUUUUGUUAUUUUCAUUUAUUUUCUAAUUACUGCCAUUUCACCCUUUCCAGGUCUGGGUGGCUGUUUCCUGAUUUCGUCCCACCCUGUUGUUUGGAGGGGCAGAAUGGAUUUGUCAACUCCCAAGAAAUUAGAGGUUGCAUGCAGAGCUUUUUUAAACAGCGCCAUUGGUGGCACCGACCAAUACCAAAAGGAACCUAGAGAAACAA